UCUUGAUCCAACCUCAAGGUCCGCCGAGUCCCGCCACUCGGGCUCCUGGCCACCUCGACAAAUCCGCGCCGGCCGUGGUGUCCAAAGAUGAUCUGAUCAAAGGGGAGGUGGUGAUGCCCAAGCUUGGGAAUGCGACGGCAAAGGCGGAAUUAGGCCGUGCGACUUGGAAAUACUUCCAUACCAUGCUGGCUCGGUAUCCCGAAGAUCCGACCGAGGAGCAGCAGGAAACCUUACGCUCUUUUAUCUAUCUCUUUGCGCGACUCUAUCCAUGUGGCGAAUGCGCCUCGCACUUCCAAGGUCAUUUGAAAAAGUAUCCCCCGCAGGUCUCGUCGCGCAAUGCGGCUGCUGGAUGGGGCUGCUUCAUCCACAACGAGGUGAACAUCAUGCUCGAGAAACCUGAAUUCGACUGCAACAAUAUCGGCGAUUUCUAUGACUGCGGCUGUGCGAAAGACGAAGAGGACGAGGAUGAGGAUCUGACCACAAACAAGGAUCUGCCCAGUGCGCGGAGGGAGGCCGAUAGUGACGACGCACUGCCGCUGGUCGAGAUCAACAGGGAACCGACUACUCGAGGUUGAACGCUGCGCGCCCUUAUCUCGACAUCUCUGACCCAUUCCACUCCCUUGUGACUUAUUCUCUUUCUUUCACAUUAUACAUACUCUCCGCCAGUGCCGGAUCGCUGGGUGCACUGAGCCGGUUCGUGCACGGUAGUUUCAGUUGUAUAUACCAUUACAACAUUCAUCUUCAAAAUACCUACAUACCACGGCCCUGGAGCUUCAUCUUGCACAAGG